UCGACGUGCCGACUUGCCGGGGUCGAUUGGGCGCGAUCGGAUACCGGCACGGCGCGGUGAGAUGAUGCUAUUUGCCCACUUUUCCCUCUCUGUUCGCUCACUGAUGUCCCUCACUAUCCUCACUAUAUACUCACUAUAUUUCGUUUAUAUUUCGACUAUCGGCAUAUAUUUCGCAUCGAGUCAUGGCUGAUGAAUAUCACUUUGGAGCCGAUAUCCGAAUUCAUUAACUUGACUUGACUUGACUUACUCUUUUAUUUCCUAAUUCCAUGUCACGGGUUUCUUCAUACAUCAUCAUUCACCAAAGGAUCGACUGAUACCAAUGAACUCAAACGGCUCUGACGGCACAUCCGAACCCCUUGAAACAUUUCUUACACCUUUGUGUUUAUUCUCCGCUACCAUAACAGACCUGACUAAUGAUUCAGUAUCAAUCUAAUUUAUUCCCGGUUGAUCCUGAUCCAAAACUCCGUUUCACCGAAUAAAUUCAAAUUCACAAAUAACUUCCAGUCUACUCCGUACUUCAUGCCGUUUCCCGUGCCGUGCCGUCCCAUCCAUAUCUCGGUCCGAGCGUCUUCGCCUACUCAACCAUGGCCCGCAUGCAAUAUCAUCAUGCCCUUGACUUACACGCGUCUUUCCACAGUGGAUAUGGAGGAUCCUCAGCGCUCAGAGACGGGCUGAUCAUUUGAAGACACCUCGUCGCUAUUGUUCAAGUCCAUAGAGCUAUGUGAGGCACCGGAUGCUGGACUGGACGACUCUCCUGUCGCCGGUCUAGUCGCUCAACCUCUCGCCAGAUAGUCCCGAAACUGCUGGGGCAUUCUGCCAAUGCUAUCUCCCAGACUCAGAAUAUCGUUCGCAUCCGCAUAAUCAAACGCUUCUUGCAAGCUACGAGGUCCAGCUGGCCUGGCCGCUUCAGCUGUCGCCGGAAUAGAGUUACCCUCCCGUUCUAAAAACUCAUGCCAGAGUCUAUCUGCGUCAGCAUCUGGUGCCUGCAUUUCAUCAUCUUGAACUGAUCUAUUUAUCUGUGUUGCUGCACUGGGAGGUGCAAAGCGAGGUCGAGGUGGUACGCGCCUUACAGCCCUCGCCAGUCCCUGCAUGCCUCCUCCAUGCAUACCAGGACCUUGAGCCGCUCUUGCUGCUCUCCUAUUUGGUCGGUGACUGGGACGUACAUUGUCAGAUCCUGGUGGAAACAUUCCAGAUGUUGGAAGCACUUCAGCUGUCGUCGCAACAGUGUUACCCUCUCGUUGUGAAGAUCCAAUCCAGGCCAUAUCGUCGUCUGACUCCUCAUCUAACAGUGCCCUGUCAUGAUAACGUCGAGCUGGUUCAGAUGUCUGUGUUGCUGCACUUGGACGUGCAAUGCCGUCCUGGACAUCAAACGGCGAAUUGGCAUUGCCAGGCUGCGCAGGAUCAUCAAGACUCCGAAUCGGGUGCAAAACCCGGCGUAGGCCAGUUCGUUCAAAUGGAGACACUUGCAAGCCAGAGUUCUGGCGGUUGUUAUCAGUCUGUGCGGGAUUCAGAACCGGAAGAGGGACACCAGCAGGAGGGUUUCCAAGAGGCUCAUCAUCAUCGUCCGAGUCUGAGUCUGAGUCUGGGCUGGGGCCAAAAUGGCCUUGAACAGCCCCAAUACGACAAUUUUCCUGAUGUUCAUUAUUCUCAGCGUACCAUGGGUUCGUCUGUCGCAACGUAUUCCCACGACCAAGCGUAACACAGCGACGACUCAUCAUCAUGUUCGUAAACUCCUGCAUGAUGGUGUCGGAAAUCGCCUCCUGGACUCUCCCCUCUGUAGCAGUUUCGUCAUUCUUCUCAAUGUUAUCAACAACAUGGUAGAAGAAGCUGACAAACCCAGGCUCCAUAUCAUCUAAGUGAUAAGGCCACUCACCUUUAUCUACGUCCCUGUGAAACUCAACCGUAGCUACACAAUCAGGACACAAGUCCUUCUGAUCGCACUCUGGAAGAGUCGUAGGAGGAAGACUAGAUUCUUCACCGUUCUUGGGGAUGGUGAUGGGGAUAGCAUUCACUUUGCAUCGGCUGCAGUAGAGGUUGGUGCGGCAUACAGGACACCGUCCUCCGGCGUCGCUGUGUUGGUAUUGUAUACGGCAAGACUGGCAGAGAACAUGACCACAGAGCAAGACCUCAGCAUCCAACUCACCUUCGGUAGGAAAAGAUCUCACCGGGAGGGGUUCCAUACAGAUGGGACAUUGAGGGGCGAUAACCUCAUUGUCGGAAUUGGUGUUGCUGCCCUUGUCUAUAGCCUUUUUGAUAGUUGGCCAGAAGGCUUCAGGGAGAGGUUUGGGAGAAGACAUGUUGAAAAGGGAUACUUACCAGCUAGAUGACUGACUGGUGAAGCGAGACGUGAUGUAGUUCGUUUUGCGUAGACUUACCUUUUUUGUUUUUGAUCUGUUUUUGGUGUUAGACUUACCUGGGUGUGAUGGGUGGUGGUGAUGAGGAGAAGAUGAUUUUGAUGUUGAGUAGGCAUCAUUUCAUUAUAUAGUCACAUUUGAUGCAGUCACUGAAGUCAAGCACAUUCGAUGUUCACGGUCCAUCUUGUGAGUUUAGGGUGAACCAUGACUUUCAAGGCGAUGUGUUGCUUUCACUCCUCGUUCGACCUGAACAGUGAAGCCUUCACCGUUUGAACAGCCUCUGUCAUGGGUCACCACCCCGGCAGCGUAUGGCAAUGAAGAGGAAAUAAACGACUUCGAACACAAUAAGCGCGCC